GAGCGCCCCGGCCCGGGAUGUUGCUGCCGCUGCCGUCGCCCCCGGUGCAGAUCGGCCCGCCGACCGAGUUUGCCCGCAAGAUGCGGUCGUGGCUCUUUCUGCUGCUCAUGCUGCAGACGGCCGUAUGCGUACUUCGCUUCGUCUGUCUGCUGGACAUCAUGGGUGGAUUCAUCAUGCUGAUCAUGGUAGGCAUGGGCUGGUAUGCCUGGAAGGAG